AUGUCGUUAACUACCUUUGAUUCUCUCGUGAAUGAUUGGGGUCGCCUCCAGCUAUCCCUUGUGACGGCUGCCGGACUCGCUGUUGUGAUCCACUUCUGGGCAGGGGCUUUCAGAAGCAAUAAGUCAAGGCAGGAGCCUCCUCCUCUGACCAAGAAUGUGGGGCUUUUCCAAACCAUUGCGGAGAUUACAGGAGGCAGAAUGAGGGACUUCCUCAUUGAGCAGUUUCAGAAAGUCGGUGGUAUUUAUCGAUUGCCCUUUCCUUCCUUCGCUCCGAUGGUUGUAGUGGUGGCAAAUACCCAAGAUGCACGCGCUAUCUACAAGGAUCCAGCCCACACAAAGCCUCCUGUCAUGUACGGAGCAAUAGAUGAGUUUUCUAGCGGCCCCAAUAUCGUUACUACCCGUGGAGUUCCUGGAGAUUCCUGGUACCAUCGUCGCAAGGCAAUCAAUCCCGCCUUUGCGCCAAAGAUUGUCCACCGAAUGAAUCGGGUGGCUUUGGAGAAGGCUGGGAAAUGGAUUGCGGAUACGUUGGCCCCCCUAGUAGGAAAAGACAACAUGCCACCCAAACCCUUCAAUGUGGGACGGGAAACGAUCCUCUUGACGAUCGCAGUUAUCUGCAAGGCCGCAUUCGACUACGAUAUCUCGGAUACAGAACGUGAAGAAGUCCGCCUGUCAAUGCAAAAGGGAAUCGAGGAAUUCACCAUAAAAACAAUGAUCAAUCCGCUUCGACGUGUCGGAACCUGGUGCCUGCCAGAUCGUCGUGAGGCUUACCAAGCAGUUGCCAAACUGAAAACUUUUGCUGUCAAGAUCAUGGAAUUGUAUCGAAAGAACCCAUCGCCCACACCAGACACCGUCAUUGACGUGAUAAUGAAGAACCCCAACUAUAAAGAUGACUCGGAAAGGAUCCCAGAUAUCGUCAUGAUGCUUUUUGCGGGACAUGACACCACUGGCUACACGAUGGCAUUUGCCUUGCUGGAACUGGCCAAGAGCCCGAACGAGCAGCAGAAGCUUCGCGAUGAACUUAUCAAUUCGAAAGAUGAAGGCGCCUCUCCCCCCUAUCUCAAGGCAGUCUUGAACGAGACAAUGCGACUACAUCCAACUUCCCCUCUGACUGGAAUCAAAGAACUUGGGAGCGAUUUUGCAUCCAAAGAUGGAUACUUGGUGCCAAAAGGAUCAAUUAUCUUCAUUGCGCAGAUUGCAUUGGCUCGUGACGCGAUUUUGUUCCCAGAUGCCUUCCAGUUUCAACCAUCCCGUUGGUUGGAAGGAAAUGUUACUGAGGAUGCAAAGCAAGCGCUCUUCCCGUUCUCUCUUGGGAAACGAAACUGUGUUGGGCAGCCACUGGUAAAUGCACAGCUAAACUCAGUGCUUCCUCUGCUCAUUCGUCAGUUUGAAUUCACAGUCGAGGAUGAAGGGCAAAUAGUCACCCAAGGAACGACCAGGUUGGACAAUUGCUACCUCAAGGCAACCAAGAUUGCUGAAUGGAGCUGGAAUGAGUCUACCUUUGAUUAA